UCCCUAGCGACAGGAGACGCGAGCCCAGGUCCUGAGAGUGCACGCUCGUGCACGGAAACCCCGGGCUCAUGGCUCAGAGACAGCUUGGCACCGCGGGCGCCGAGCGCAUGAACCUGGUGGCCCAGGACGAGAUCUGGAAAUACCGUCUGAAGGCUGAAUCCGAAGCACGGAAAAACUGGCCCCAGAACUGGGGAUUUUUAACAACCCCUGUGGAGGAGUUAAUCAAGGGUGAAGAAGAAUCCCGCACCCCAAAGCCCAAAAUCCAGCUUCCGGAGCGUUUCCACAUCCGGCAAAUGACCCCUGUGGAGAAGUACAUCAAGGUCCUUCCGUCCCCCCCAGUCCCACAGACGUCCCAGGGCUUCAUCGGCUGGAGGUCGGCAGUGCCAGGCCUGAACAAGAGCCUGCAACUUGACUUUGAGAUCAGAAGCUGCAAAGGGGUCUACGCCCGAGAGCUGGGCUGGCCUAAGCAAGGCAUCUACUGAGCCCUGCAGCCCCUGCCCACCGAGGCAGUGAACAGGGACCAGCUGGCACCUGGGGCCUGCCCAGGUGAGGAACCCCUACGUCCUGAGCAUGGAGCGCCCUCGUCUUGCUCCUCAGACAUGCAGAGAACACAGAGGCUGCCUUAGAUACUCUGGGUUCACUGGUCCCUAUUCUAGAACCUUCAUGCAGCACCCCUGUUCUUGGCUAAUGUAACAAAUACGGCAAAAUAAAUUCCCUGACUUUCUUUUUA